AUGGACAUUUCUGAUUCCCAGCCCCGGUGUCGCUCUGGAAGGGAUCUCGUGGGAACUCUUGAUCCGGCCGCUGUACAGACGAUGCUGGACACUCACGUGCUGGGUCUGAUCAAACUAACGCAGGAUGUUCUUCCCGACAUGUGCAAACGCAACGUUGGCUCGCCCGCCGAGCACCGUAUCCUGGGGGUGCAAUAUAUUGUGCUCCCCAGGCUGCAAUUAAGAGUGCGAUCAGAGCUGGAAGAUAAGUUUAUGGGCAACAACUCGUUCGAGGCGGUCGAGCCUGUAGACUUAACUGUCCACGCGUUCGCAACACGUGAGACCAACGUCACUCCAGAGGCCGUCAUUGUGCCCACAUACCGAUCGCACUGA